AUGUCUGACAACUUCGCAAGUAAGGAAGAAGCAGCACUUAUUUUCAGCAAAUUAAAGCAAAACCAGGCCAAUCAGGUUUGCUUCGAUUGUACCAACAAGAACCCAACUUGGACUUCGAUCCCCUUUGGAGUCUUGUUGUGUUUGGAAUGCUCUGCCGUGCAUAGAAACUUGGGUGUUCACAUUUCAUUUGUCAAAUCUUCGAAUUUGGACUCGUGGCAGAGAAUUCAGUUGAGACAUUUCAAGUACGGUGGUAACCAAGUCGCUAAGGACUUUUAUCUGAAAAAUGGAGGCUCACAGUUCUUGGCUAAAAACGGGACUGUGGAUAUCAACUUGAAGUACACGUCUCCUGUUGCCACCAAGUACAAGGACAGAUUGAGAAAGAAGGCUCAAGAAGACGCAUUGAAGCACCCUGAUGUGGUCACUUUGGAAGACUCUACUGACAUCUUGUCAUUAAGUGAAUCCAACUCCAACAAUGACUCUACUGAUGAUUUCUUCCUGAACUGGACCAAACCCAUCAACUCCACUCCAUCACCUUUGUCAUCCAAGGCUGGUACUCCAUCUGCCUCCACUGACGAUUUAUCAUUGGGUGCUACGAAAAAGAAGCCAGUUACUACAAGAACCACCACGACUCGUGGAAGUCUCGGUGCCAACGGUGCCAAUGGGGCCAAGAAAUCCAUUCUCUCCUCCAAAGGUAACGGACCAAGAAACUCAAGAUUAGCCUCCAAGAGAAUUAACAAGGUUGACGAUGAAGAUAUCGAUUUCGAUGAGAUUGAAAGAAAGGCCAAGAAGGACGCUGAAGAGGCUAAGAGAUUAGGUUACACCCCACAGAAGGAGGAGCCUGCUGUUAGCGAUGUCACGAAGAAAGUUGGAGGAUUAUCACUUGGUAAGAUAAGUAGAUCAUCUACUCAAGACGAAUUUGAUGGCGAUGACGACAACUCGUCAGGUACUAAACCAAUUACAUUAGCAAAGCCUGCCAAGGAAGAACCCCAAAAGUUCCAAAAGUUGGGCUUUGGGAUGGUAAAUGGUGCUAAUGUUACAACCAACCCUAACCAGAAGAAGUAUAAAGAAGUUAAAUACACUGGAGAAGUGACAAAUAAGUAUGGAACUCAAAAGGGGAUUUCAUCAGAUGAAUUCUUUGGUAGAGGACCAAGAUUUGACGAAAAUGCCCAACAGGAAGCCAGAGCAAAGUUGCAAACCUUUGAUGGAGCGCAGUCAAUUUCAUCAUCCUCGUACUUUGGAGAAGAUGAGGAAGCCAAUGGAGGAGCAAGAGCUGGUGGCCACGGCAGAUCUAAUAGCAAUGGAAUGGGCGACUUGGAAUCGUCAGCUAGAGAUUUUGCAGCCAGAUUUUCUGGUAAUGCCAAUCAAGAUUUAGAUGUUUUGAAGGAUGCAUUGGAAGACGGAGCCAACAAAUUAGGUUCUUACUUGAGAGAUUUCUUGAGAUAA